UUCUUCUGCUUCUGCCGUGCAGAGUUUUGUCAGUCGUCGUUUGAACAGCAUCAGAUUCUCGGUCGGUCGCGAAAAACGUGAAGUUUCCUUAUUUUCGGAUAGAAAUCAGUUGAAAUUCAUUCCUAAAUCAAUUUUAGUCGCGUUCGUGAUUAUAGGAAGCCACCAUCGUCGUUGAAACAUUAUCAGUUCGUUUAUUUUCUGUGUGCCCGGAAGAAGCUAUUCAAGAUGGUGGACAAAAUCGAAAUGAGCCUGGACGAUAUCAUCAAGUCGCAAAAAUCUCAACGGGGCGGAGGUCGCGGUGGUUUAAACAAGUCCGGCGGCAGCGGCGGUCCCCGCGGAAAUGUGAACCGUAGCCGAAAUGGCGGUGGAUUCCGCCAGAAUCGCAGUGGUGGUCCUCUAGGUGGUGGUGUCCUCAAGGGACGCAACCGAGGCGGUAUUCAGCGAUCGCCAAAAUUCUCACGGGGUGACGUAAACAGCGCUUGGAAACAUGACAUGUAUGAGGGAGCACGCAAAAAUCGCCUACUGGCCGCUGCGGGUCUCGGCGGCGGCGGCGGCAUCGGCGGUGGACUCGGCAGCAGUAAACUGAUGGUAUCGAACCUGGACUUUGGCGUGUCCGAAUCGGACAUCAACGAGCUGUUUGCAGACUUUGGACCGCUGAAGAGUGCCUCAGUUCAUUACGACCGAUCGGGAAGAUCCCUUGGAACAGCAGAUGUUGUAUUCGAACGACGAGCGGAUGCCAUCAAGGCUAUGAAACAGUACAACGGAGUCCCCCUGGAUGGACGGCCUAUGAGCAUACAGUUGGCCACAUCGGAAAUUCCUGCCCCACGAGCACCUCGUGCCGUACCGCGAUCUCCUCGGCGGCAAGGCGGCGGCGGUGGUAGCAGUGCUGCUCCCCGGGGUGGAAACCAGGCUCAUAAAUAGUGCAGGUGGUGGUGCUCCACGUCGGCAACAACAGGAGACCAAAACAGCAGAAGAACUGGACGCGGAAUUGGACGCUUACACUAAGGAUAUGAAAUAAGAAUUGUUCGCCAAAUCAGUCAGCGGCGAAUGUCACUAAAGUAUGGAAGAAGAGGAGAUGAACAGUGUGACCUCUUACAAAAUAAAACAAACAAAAAAAUAGUGGUUACUCAAUUCUACUUUAAGGACCUCAUAUCCCGAUUUGAGUUUCAUCAAGCGAAUAAUGACGCAAUUACCAGCGGCAGCUGCGUGAACGGUCAAUGUAAAUAAACCACAAAAGCAAAGAAAAUGAAAAGUACAUUAAUUCAACAGGAUACUAUAGAACGAUCAUCGAUGUUGUAGCAGUGUGGUUGAGUACCGGUUGACGAGAAACAAGAAAAAAUGGAUCUCCAUGAAGUUCAUUUUGUUAAGCAACACAAAUCAUUAGACUUGAAAAAAAUGAAGCAAAAGUUAAAUCUGAUUACAAUAUAUUUUGUAAAAUUGAUAAACUCAGACAUUUUCAAUCUUCAUUAAAUCGAUAGCAAGCAGCAGAUCACUUACAAGGACGAUUCUUGAAAGGUAGUUUAUUAUUAUUACUCUAUUUUUUAAGAACCGCUAAUGACACUGUGACUAACUCAAUUAGCAUAAUAUCAGUAACGGCAGGUUAUCACAACAGGCAAACUAUCCCAACUGUAAGAUCACAUUACUAAAUUCAGGUUAAUUUUACUACUUGAACUUUAUUUCAGUAAUAGAUUCAGUAAUGUCACGGAAAGUUUGAAGCAACGAUGAAAUGUGGAAUACAAUUAUUUAAUUCUAGCAGAAUUUAAUUUAGAUGAUUCAAACCUAAAUUUAAGGAAAACGAGAGAAAAAAAAGAAUAAAAUAAAAUCUAAAUUGAUCUGUCA